CAUGUGAACUGUGACGAAGAAACAGAAGCAGCUCAUAAUAUAAUCACAAGAUCAGGAACAUUGCAGUAGAAGACGAGCAACAGCAAGCAGUGAAAAACCCAGCUACCUUCACACAACCUUCGAUGGCUAGCCAUUAGCCAAUUGAAAGCUGUAUUUUCAUGUCCCUUUUCUUCAUAUUCUCUCUUUCUCUCCUCUUUUUAAAACCCUGGAUUUUUCUCUCUCUCUUUUCUUCGCUUACUCAACUCAUAAUUGCCCAAUCCUCUUCUUCUCUCCUCAUGGCAGAUCUCAAGCCCAAAUCUGAGAUUUCCUUCGCUGAAGUCUUCCUCUGCAGUGCCUUCGCCGCUUGUUUUGCCGAGUUCUGUACCAUUCCUCUGGACACUGCCAAAGUUAGGCUUCAGCUCCAACGCAAAGCUUCUACUGGGGAUGGAGUAAUACCCAAAUAUGGGGGUUUAUUGGGUACUGUGGCUACUAUUGCUAGGGAAGAAGGUUUAGCAGCACUUUGGAAGGGCAUCACUGCAGGAUUACAUCGCCAGUUCAUUUAUGGAGGUUUAAGGAUUGGAUUAUAUGAACCUGUUAAAACAUUUUUGGUUGGCAGUGAUUUUGUUGGAGAUAUUCCUUUAUACCAGAAGAUACUUGCAGCUUUUAUAACAGGUGCUAUAGCAAUUGCAGUUGCUAAUCCAACUGAUCUUGUUAAAGUGCGGCUGCAAGCUGAAGGAAAAUCACCAAGUGGUGUGCCUAGGCGAUAUGCUGGAGCUUUGGAUGCUUAUUCUACCAUAGUGAGACAGGAAGGACUAGGUGCCUUGUGGACUGGACUUGGACCCAACAUAGCACGAAAUGCUAUUAUAAAUGCUGCUGAACUAGCCAGUUAUGAUCAAGUGAAACAGACAAUUUUGCAAAUUCCUGGGUUCAUGGACAAUGUUUUUACUCAUCUCCUAGCUGGUCUCGGUGCAGGGUUUUUUGCAGUCUGUAUUGGUUCUCCCAUUGAUGUGGUGAAAUCUAGAAUGAUGGGAGACUCAUCGUACAAAAGCACUCUUGACUGUUUCAUCAAGACACUGAAGAAUGAGGGGUUUUCUGCCUUUUAUAAGGGCUUCCUCCCAAAUUUUGGUCGUCUGGGAUCUUGGAAUGUCAUUAUGUUUUUGACUCUUGAGCAGGUGAAAAGAAUAUUCACAAGAGAAAUAUAUUAUGACUAGUGAUAAGUUUAGUAAGCAAGAAGACAUGCAUCUGUUUGGUAUUCUGCCUCUUCAACUAUUGGAGAUUUUUCCACCAAAAAUAAGGUUCAGUGCUCAUAUUCUUUCCACUUGGUUACAGUGAGAAAUAUCUUCAUAUGAUAGACACAGGCUAGAUUUCGUUAAAGUUAUCCUUCCAUGGGAUCACAAGUUUCUUUCUCCCAAUUCAAUCUGAAAGCAUCACUAUGUCAUCAUCUUAUUUGCAUUUCAAACUCAAUCCAAAAGCGGCACUAUAUCCUCACAUGUUCUUUUGAAUGAUUCAAACCCUAUGUUUUUGAGGGCUAUUUAUACAAGUACCACCCAUUCUUGUAAUAUUGUGUAACCCUUGCUCAAAUGGAUCUAAUUGCCCUGCAUCUGUAUGGAACCCGGUUAAUGGUUGGGUAAUUCAUUCUCUCAACUCAUUUUUCAUA